GAGAGCUUUCCUCUACGGUCUCUGCUUCAGUUCCUGCCGCCAGCUUCCUGCCCUGCAGGAGUUCCUGCUUUGGCUUUUUUUGAGGGUGACAAGACUGUGACCUUGAUACCUAAGUCCUCCCCACAAGUUGCUUUUGGUCUCGGCAGUAGAAAGUAGCCUAAGACACCGCCCUCAAGUUCAGUGAUUCGGGUCGCAGCACAAAGAACCUUUCGCAGGAGGAGGGCCUACGGGUUUGUCGUCCCAGUGCGGGGGUGGGCGGUGGAGGGGAGCAAUCCUGCAAGGUGAGUUGUUGGCAGGUGCGCGCUGCCCCCGCCCUCAACCGGCGGAGACCAGACCUGGGAACGCCCUCGGCGGCUGGUUGACUCAGGGAGCGCGCGCAGAAAACAACCUGGCCUCAGAGUGGCAACUGACAAAGGCGGGGCCGCGCUCUGCGCGUGCACAGCAGGCAGCCGAGCCUCCCAGGGCCCUGCAGCCGAAGCCUAGAGGGUGCGAGUGACACCGGAGGGCGAGCGGCGCGUGCGCGAAUCCGUGGACAUGGCUGACUUUGGAGCAGAUGAGCCCUCCUGUACGUCAGAGAGUCCUGAGCCAGAGGAGAGGGCCUCUGAGGACAGAUCACUGCUCCAUCAGAGGCUGGCCAUCAGAGAGCUCAUCGAUACAGAGGUCUCCUACUUGCACAUGCUCCGACUGUGUGCCUCAGACAUCAGGGGCCGCCUACAGCAGCUGCCACCAGGAGAUCUGGAUGUCCUGUUCUCAAACAUUGAUGACAUCAUCCAAGUGAGUGGCCGAUUCCUUCAGGGGCUGCAGGAGACAGCCUGCCACGGGGAAGAGGAACAAGCGCGCCUGAUUGGUAACUUGUUCCUAGAAUUCCAAGAGGAGUUUGAACAAGUCUAUAAAAUCUACUGUGCCAACUACGACCAGGCCCUGCUGCUGGUCAAGGCAUACCAGAAGGAUCCGGAACUACAGAAGUCGAUCCAGGGCAUCAUCGAAGCAGCCGUGCCGCAAGCUGGACCUUCAGGUCUCAGUUUCUUGCUUGUAAUCCCUCUGCAGAGGAUUACCAAGUUCCCCCUGCUGCUGCAGAAAAUCCUGGAGAACACACCCAUGGAUGCCAGUGCCCACCCUGUCCUUCAGAGAGCCACCUCUGCCCUCCAGGACGUCAACAGCAGUAUCAAUGAGUACAAGAUGCGCAAGGAAGUGGCUUUAAAGUACACCAAGGUGGAGCAGCUGAGCCUUCGGGAGCGGCUGGCCCGCAUCAACACCCAUACGCUUUCCAAGAAGACCACCAGACUGAGCCAGCUGCUGAAGCAGGAGGCGGGGCUGGUACCCAGGACCGAGGACAAGGAAUUUGAUGACCUCGAGGAGAGAUUCCAGUGGGUGUCUUUGUGUGUGACGGAGCUCAAGAGCAAUGUGGCUGCUUACAUGGAUAAUCUGGAGGCUUUCCUCUGCUUUCGGCCUCACGAGUGGAUUGUGGACAUCCCAGGGGGUCCUGCAGAACAGUACUGCAGCCUAGCCAAGGACCUUCACCUCGAGGCCCUCCUGCAGUUUAAGCAGCGACUGAAAGGCCUGGUGUGGGAACCACUGUGCAGCCUGGCCAGAGCCCUGGCUGGCCCUCGGAACUUGAUCAAGAAGCGUCUGGACAAACUCUUGGACUUUGAGCGAGUGGAAGAGAAACUGUUGGAUGUGGGCAGUGUGACCUACGAGGAGCAGGCUGCCCGGCACACGUACCAGGCACUCAACUCCCUGCUGGUGGCUGAGCUCCCACGGUUUAACCAGCUAGUCACGCAGUGGCUGGGCCAGAUCCUGCGCACAUUUGUGGUCCUCCAGAAGGAGCUUGCUGAGGAGGCGCUGCGACGGGCAGAGAGCAGCGUGGCCCUGCUGCCUCACCACCAUAUCCCUGAGCCGGACUUCCAGAAGCUGCUGGAGCACACACUAGACCAGAACAGCGGCCAGCUCCGUUCCUUUCAAGAGAACUUUGAGAAGGUGCUGCCACCCCCCACCACUCAGCCUCUCCUCCCAGGCUCUGAGUACCAGCUUCAGGCUCUCCUGACCAGAUAUGCCCCCGGGAAGCUAUACCAGGUGACAAGCAACAUCAGUGGGACCGCGACUCUGGACCUGACACUGCCACGGGGCCAAAUCGUGGCCGUCCUACAAAACAAGGAUACCAAAGGCAACAACAGUCGCUGGCUGGUGGACACAGGGGGACACCGGGGAUACGUGCCAGCUGGAAAACUUCAGCCAUACCACCAUACCCUUCCCAGGGAGAGGGAACUCAGAGGCCAGACAGGCGUACAUGAAGACUACUGGCUUCCACCUCCAGAGCCCACCCAACCCUCUGUCCCCACCGUCCCCACCACGGCCCAGGUGGUGGCAGUGUACCCUUUUGUGGCCAGGAGCACGCAUGAACUGAGUCUACAGGCGGGCCAGCCUGUAACAAUCCUAGAAGCUCAAGACAAGAAGGGGAACCCGGAAUGGAGCCUGGUGGAAGUGAACGGACACAGGGGAUAUGUGCCUUCCAACUUUCUGGCCAGGACCCCAAGUCCAACUCCCUGGGGCUGGAGUCUGUCCUCUUAGCAUGUCCUCUUUGGAGCCCCCAUUCCUAAGGAAAGGGAGAGGCUUCAGGGUUGUGUGACCUAGCAGUCAUGAUGCAAAGCAGAAUGGGGGUGAGAGGAGGGGAGGGCGUUGAGAAGGCAGCAGGAAGUCGUGACAAGGCCUUACAGAAUGCCUGGUGUGGAUGGUCCCGGCAUUAUCACUCUUGUCUGCAUAAAGAAGCCAUCUCAGCGCCACAACUGAUCAGCCAGGGCUUGCCUCGGCUCAAAGCUGGUCCUACCUGUACCCCUUGCCUCUCUCAUGUCUAGGAUGAAUGUCGCCUGUGUGUCGGGUAGCACACGGUUGGGGACAUCCCUGAAGGAGAGCUACCUGCCUCGGUAGUGCCCUUCCCACGGCACUGCCAGGAGCCACCGUUGCUUACUGGUCGACUUUUCUUUCUUGCUGCCUUGAGUUGAGUUACUACUAUGGAUAGGGAGCUGUGGAAAAUCUUGCUCAAGUGGAAGCCGUGGUGGGUCCAGGCGAUUCUCUACUGGCUCUGGGGAUAGGUACGACGUACGCACAGUUCUGGAAUGUGUGUACAAACCCCGAGGUGGUUCCAGGGAAGAGGGGAAUUUGAAGUUGGAUCAGCGGGGUGUGUGAGGCUGAUGGUGUAUCCUGCUGCUUUCUUUGGACCGGGAGACAGCGGGACUUGACACUCAGUCACGGUGGAAGCUCUGUGAGAUAGGUGACUACUGGCCUGAUGGGUUGGGUAGGUGAGGAAUAGCUUGGUUUCCCAGUUCUGGAUGAAGAGCCAGGGGAACCCAGGUGGCCUAGGUUUGCCUCUGAGGGUCUGGAGGCAGCAGAGAGCUGCGGUCAGGUGGAUGUGGGGGCUUAGGCAUAGGAUAUGACUGCAGUUUUCCACCUAGAAAGAACUAGGUCACAGUAAGGAUGGCAUGAGGCUGAGGAUGCAGAGGCCCGUGCCAACCAGGCAGUGUGACAACCAUGCACAUAUGGCUAGUGGUGUCUGGGUGGCCCAGCCGUUGGCUAGCCUGGGUUAGCAGAGUGAAGCAGUCCUGUUGCCACCUCUCCUCUUACGUCUAUGCUAACAGUGCGCCCUUUCCCGUAAACGCAGGUUCUACCACGGGGCCCAGUCGGUAGGGAUUAACAAUAGACACAUCUUGAGACAUACUAUGUUAGGAGAUUUUAGAUUUUGUGAACUCCAUGGAGUGUGCAAACUAACAAGGUUAUGACAUCACUAGGUGACAUAAUUGCAUGGGACCAUGACAAACACACAGCUAUUGCCUACAACAGGAGUACAGUCUAAGCAGCAAAGUCCAUACUUGUGAGCAAGGCAUUUCUCAAAUCUGGAAACAGAAGCCCCUCAGAACUAGAGCCUGUUCCAGAAUGACAGACCCACUGGGGCAGUGUUGGGUGUAUCACUACUGAGCAAUGUCCUUAGGCCAUUGCUUUAGGCCAAGAGUCAUUGGAAGAUCCCAAGACAGAGAAAAGGGUGAUCCCCUGUGAUCUUUGUACAGCUGACAGAUUUGGAACCAACCCUCUUGAGACAGAGUGUGAAACAGGUGGCUAUCCCAGUGUUUUCAAGACUACAUCUGCUUUCCAACUCACCUGCCCGCUUGUUACCUCUGGCUCCUGAAGGACUCUUGAGAAAGUCAUCCCUGCCUGUGUCAGAUGGUCUGUAACGUGCCUCCUCUGGGCUUGUUAAAGCACGGAGACUGUGUGACACAGGACUCCCCAGCCCCUUUCCCAAUCUCAGGUUCACUCACGGAUGUUCUCAGUUUACUUUUCCUUUCUGCUUCCUUCUCAGCCUUCUGGUGAAAACAGGAAGCCCAGACAGACAGGUGACACAGCGGGAACCGUACCUGCAGCUUCCACACGUCUUUACUGACAGUUCACUGUGUGUUGAGACUCUGGCUGGGGGUUCUUAGCACGGCUGCUUGCUGCAAUGACCUGGGUAGCUCUAAACCGCGGCGAGCCAGGAGCCCACCCAGAGAAAGCUGAUGUCUUUGACCUGGCCAUGGCCUUGGGCUUCAGGAAGGUAACCAGGUGAAUCUCACACCCAGCCGCUUUAAAGACCCUAGACAUGCAGAGGUGAACAGCUAGACCUGGGCACAGAGGUGGCAAAGAGUAAGAUAGGUUGUACCCCAGAGGAGCUUUGCACUAGCUGUCGAAGCAGGAAGCGUGAGAGACAGUUUGAAGUAGGACAGCCUGUUCUGUCGGGUUCCAGAAUAUGUAUUUAUUAAGUGCCAUUAAAGGGGACCUGAACAAAAUUGGAUGUUCUUGUAGGCAUAGGGAGAAAAAUGAAAUAUACUUAGAACCAAGGCUAUCUCAUGAAGGGGAAUAAAAAUGCGUUCAGUACAUGUGGGUUAUGGUUUCUCGGACCAGGGGUGAGAUUGAAAGUCACUGGAAUGGUCGGCGUUGGUGGCGUGCGCCUUUAAUCCCAGCACUCGGGAGGCAGAGGCAGGCGGAUCUCUGUGAGUUCGAGACCAGCCUGGACUAUCAAGCAAGUUCCAGGACAGCCUCCAAAGCCACAGAGAAACCCUGUCUCGAAACCCACCCCCCCCCAAAAAAAAGAAAGUCACUGGAGAGUGAGAGAAGGCAUACUGAGAAGAUGGAGUGCGGCCUGGGUUUUCUCAGGGGACUCUGUAAUGUGCCUUUUUACCCCCAAUGCCUAGAGCCAUUGCACUGUGUCUUAUUUAUUUCACUCUUGGGCUGUCACGUGCAUACUCACGAAAAUAGUUGCCUAAGAAUGGAACAAACCUCCCAGGAGUUGAAGGAUAGUUUACAUGGUAUCCUUGUUCCUCAAAGUGAAGUCAGAACUCGUUAACCCUAUGAGAUCCAACUUAGUUUAUGAUACAAGGAGAUUGUAUCAUACAAGGGGAGAUGAGUGGAUUCUUGAUUAACGUGAUAAGCAUGACAUGAACUCCUGGCAAUAAAGGACUUUCUCUGACUCUU